AGAAUUUUUUGGGUACAGAAAUCAACUCCACAGAUAAUUGGCAUUGUAUAAUUGCCAAGAGAAUGUAUGAAGACAACUGCACCUAUAUUCCGCUUCCGGAUUUAUUUACUCAUUACGCAGGGCUCACCGAUUCUCAAUAUGCUCUGCUUGUUAUUGGUGCAAUUCUUGUAACCGCAGUACUUGCUCUUGGAACUGUGCAUUUGAUGUAUGUAUGGAAAUACGUCUCUGAUGAAAGAAUUAGAUCAAAACUUUACAUUCUGGCUCUUCUCUUUCCAAUGAUUGUCGCGCUUUCUAUAAUUUCGAUGGUUUCUCCGCGUAGUAGUCCACUUCUGACGUCUGUCGGACUUCUAUACAUCCAAUACAGCAUGUAUACAGCGAUAUCACUAAACAGGAUCAUCCUAGGCGGUUAUGAGCGUUUUUCAUCCAUGCUCAACGACGAAAAAGUUAUGAUGAACUUCCAAGUUCCGCCAUGCUGUUGCUGUAUGCCCUGUCUGCCAAAGCCGGCUCCUAGCGCGCAAAAACUCAAUAUAAUGGAAUGUCUGUCAUUGCAAGGUACGAUUGUGCGGGUCAUCAUUGUCAUAAUCAAUUGCCACCUCGUUUCCGAGUUUCCGGAGCAAACACAACAUCUUCUACUGGUCACCGAGCUGGCCGGCAUACUCUCACUUCUUUUCACAUUAUUUGGUUCCCAUGCUAUAGGCAAGAUAACAGGGCCUUAUGUGCAACAAUACAGGAGCAUUAUAUUGUUCCGCUUCACUGAUAUCUCAUUGGCACUAUUCACUGCGCAACUGCCGCUUAUAUUUGAUCUUAUUUUUGUAAAAUAUGGUGUGAUAACAAGUGGACCUGUACAGACAGCACUUGGCAAUGCUAAAUACUUGAACAGCUUCGUUCUCAUUUGCGAAGCUUUCUUGCUAUCGAUUUUGGCUUCGUUGUUGAUGACUCCAAAGAAAAGCGCUCUCUUCGACAAAUAUCCGCAACGCUUGGACCUGUCGAGCCCAAGAGAGAAGAUCCUGCCAAAACAAUGAUGCCGGAACAACUUCAGGAUUCUUAAUAAACUUUUAUUUCACAAUCUGAUAGUAAUAAGUAGAAGUGCUAGGCUGCCAACUUCUGACAGGAUAGUUCACUCCCAAUUUGCAUAUGUGCACAAAUCUGCAGUGCCU